AGAAGGUUUUACAAUGCCGAGCGUUGCUCAGAGCGCAUUUUGCAGCUGCUGCCUUGGAGAGCGACGGACCCGACGUGCGUAAAACACCCGUAAAUGUAGAUCUAGCGACCGCGCCGAGAAGAGAAGAGACACAGACGAUACAAGAAGGAAGGAGAAGGUCCUCGAUCAUCACAUUGUUCCAACACUCACCGGAGGAAUUAACCUGAAAGCUUCGAGAAGAGAGAGAGAGAGAGAGAGAGAAAGAGAGAGAUCCUUUGAUAUUCAGACCUUGACAAACGAGCCCAAAAGAAACGACUUGAAUCAUGGAGCCUGCUCAGUCAGAGGUAAACAUCAUAUCCAACGGGAAAAGCCACGACCCCGGGGACGACAUGAGUGUGCCAAUGAAGUCAUUUCUCGAGGAGGAUCAAAAUGGCACUCAAACAGUCAGAUUUGAUGAUCCUGACGUAGGACUGGAAAAUGAAGAAUUUCUGCCCAGUGCUCAUGGAAAGAAACCCACGCGCUUCACAGACUUUGAAGGAAAGACCUCCUUUGGCAUGUCCGUCUUCAACCUGGGUAAUGCGAUCAUGGGCAGUGGAAUCCUGGGAUUGGCCUACGCCAUGGCCAACACUGGCAUUCUCCUCUUCUUGUUUCUUCUGACUGCAGUAGCAGCGUUGUCAUGUUACUCCAUUCAUCUGCUGCUCAAAGCCUCGGGCAUUGUGGGGAUUCGAGCUUAUGAAGAGCUGGGCUACAGAGCCUUCGGCACUCCUGGAAAAAUGGCUGCUGGUAUUGCAAUUACCCUGCAGAAUAUUGGAGCCAUGUCCAGCUACCUGUACAUCGUCAAAUCGGAGUUACCGCUGGUCAUCCAAACGUUCCUGAAGGCCGACCCCAGCUCUGAUUUGUGGUACAUGAAUGGAAACUACCUGGUGAUCAUGGUCUCUGUCAGUAUCAUCCUGCCCCUGGCUUUAAUGAAGCAACUCGGUUACCUUGGCUACACCAGUGGAUUUUCUCUCGGCUGUAUGGUGUUCUUUCUCAGUGCGGUUAUCUACAAGAAGUUUCAGAUUCCCUGCCCGUUCGAGGAGUACUCAGCCAACAGCACUGCUGCCCACCUCACCAUGAACGUCUCAAGCCACGGCCACGAGUACACCAAUGGUGUAGUUCACGCAGACGAGGACGACGCCCACUGCUCCCCACGCAUGUUCACCAUGAACUCUCAGACGGCAUACACCAUUCCCAUCUUGGCUUUCGCCUUUGUUUGCCACCCUGAGGUCCUGCCCAUUUACACCGAGCUCCAAAAUCCAACAAAGAAGAGGAUGCAGAAGGUGUCCAACAUCUCCAUCUUAGUCAUGUACACCAUGUACUUUCUAGCAGCUCUCUUUGGCUACCUGACCUUUUAUGGCAAAGUGGAGCCAGAACUGCUGCACACCUACAGCCGCAUCGAUCCUUACGACACAUUGAUCCUGUGCGUGCGCGUGGCCGUCCUCACUGCCGUCACCCUGACCGUCCCCAUUGUGUUGUUCCCUGUGCGUAGAGCCAUCCAGCACAUGCUGUUCCCCACCAAGGCUUUCAACUGGCUGCGUCACAUUGCCAUUGCUGUCGUUCUGCUCACCUUGAUCAACAUGCUGGUGAUAUUUGCCCCAAACAUUCUGGGCAUCUUCGGCUUCAUUGGUGCCACGUCGGCUCCAUGCCUCAUUUUCAUCUUCCCCGCCGUUUUCUACAUCCGCAUCGUCCCCAAAGAAGACGAACCCAUGAACUCCGUUCCUAAGAUUCUGGCUUCCUGCUUUGCUGCUCUGGGCGUUCUCUUCAUGGUGAUGAGCCUGAGCUUUAUAAUCAUCGACUGGACGAUGGGGAGCAGCCAUGCCGCAGGAGGCCACUAGGGGCUGCUUCAGUGUGUGUGUGGGCUCAGCAAACGGGGGAUAAAAGAACUGGUCAAUGUAAAAACGAAGCACUAUCACCUCAGUGGGGACACACUACAGUGCUGCCAGCACACAGCCAGGGGUUUGUAACAGUAGACAAACGUACAGUAUCGAAUGUGGGUUGGAAUCACAUUUGGAUUGACCAAGUUGAAAUAACCCUUUGACACUUAUCCGAACAAAAUCCUCUCAUAACAUUGUUCAGUAAUUCAAUUUAACGCAGUGCAAUGGUGAUAAUGUAAUUUAUAUGAAUAAUCAGGAACAAACAGGGUCUAUCAGUUUUUUUUAACUAUCAAGUCCUCGCCCUCGAUGGAGAAAUGGUCCUUUCCUGUUGCUUCCUCUUUAUUUACACACAAACGGCCGCAGCGGGUACUGUAUGAAGAAAGUUGCUAUGAUUGUGUUUGGGGCUGGAGACAGGAAGGCCUCUAGAUGCACACAACACAUGACUAAAUAACUCGCAAGUUAUUUUUACAGAAAAUUAUUUUUUACAAGACGCACAAAACGGGACUCACCCUGAACCAUUAGCACUCUGAACUGUAAUAUAACACAACAAGUGCUUUACAGCCUUAAAGUGGGGGCGACAUUUCAUUUUCAUGAUCUGUCAAAUCCCAGAGUUCUUCUUCUUCUUAUCAUUAUAAUUAUACAAUUUAAACUCUUAUUUCUAAUAAAUAAAUCGGCAGUAUUUUUAACCAACACAGAUGCCUUUCAAUCUUUGGAACAACACAGUAAAAACAGAAAUGUAUAUUUAUUAAGCUACUGUCAGUGUUUUUAAUUUCAGAUAUUUAACUACUGUUUAUGAAGAAGUUAAUUUUGUUUUAGCUAACAGCACGGUAUAUAGUUAAUGGAAGGUGUUACAGCUGACGAUACUUGUUACAAUAUGAAUAGAUUGAUUUGAGAAUCCUUUAUUGAUUUUUUUUUUUAGCGCAUAUGCCAAACUGUGACAUUAAAUAUGAACCAAGUACAGUUCAAGUUUACCCCGACAGUUCACUUUUCAUUCUAGCUCAUGAGCCUAUUUUAUUCUUGAUUAUAUUCACCUUUAUAUUCCCAUUAAAGUCCUUAGCCUACAUUCAGAAUACGAUAUCCUGAUAAGUGCUUCAUAUUGUGUAUCUACACGUUCCAAUACAUUGUGAAAAGUUUAUGAUAUAAAAUAUGGUUGUUUUUGUAAUCUUUGACCCCACCUUAAAUCAAACUCUGUGGGUUUGUACCAUGCCUGGCCAAGCAACAUGAAUUUAUCAAAAUAAACCCACUGGUGGGUCUAGUAGAGUUCAUCAAGCUAAUUUCUUUUUUUAAUUUGAAGAUGUAUUAAAUCUGUUGUAGUUCUGCCGUGACGUCUUUGCUGUACUGGUUUGUAGUAUUUUGAUUUGUAUUCACACUUGAUGAAUUUUUAGACUUGAAGUUAAAGUUUUGCAUGUUGUAAUGUCCAGUCCGUCCUCUAGUUGAUACAGUGAACUACACAGUGAGUGAUUUUACAUCCCACGUUGUCAUAAAUGUUAUUGUAAUACUGUACAAUUGGCAUCUUAAAGUGAAGUGGAUUGGAGUCCCCAUCUGUGCUAUAGUUACCAGAGUGUUAUAUUAGUAUUUUUAUGCCCUUCAUAAAUGUAAUGUUUAAACAUUACUGUUGUGAUGUUCCUUCAGCGAUGACACUUUCAAUUCAAGGUGGAUUGAGAGAUGUGGACGAUCACUUCCAGACUGACAAAUUUUUACAGAAUACCAAUUAUAGAAUGGAAAUAUAUAUAUAUACACAAGUUACUAUGUUAACAAAACAAUGCAACAUUUUGAGCUUUUGAACUCAGAGAAAUGACAAAUACUUGGUGCUUGUAGCCAAAGAUGGUUUUAUAUUGUAACACGUGGCUCUCAAGCUUCAGAAAAGUCCAGUGUAAAUCAUCACUUCUCUCGUUUUAUUUAUGUAUCCUUCAAUGGUUUGUGUUGUGUUUGUUUAAGGAUUUCUGAUUCCCGAUCAAGGUAUAUUUAACGAACAAGUUUUUUAACAGCAGGAGAAAUAUUUAGUGCACGUAUCAACCUCGGUCCCUGCUUUUCCAUGUGUAUUUUCCAUGGCUGCUGUGGUGUAAGCUACAUGAAGGGUUACUUUUGUCAUGUUUAGUGAUUUCUUCACUGUAGGUGAUCAUGCCAAAAUAACAACUGACUACCUACUGCUUUGAAAUGCCUUUAACUUUGGAACAGAUCCCAGUUUAAAUAACAGACACACUAUAUCAAAUAUGCAUUUUUCUUGUAAUCAAAUCUGUGCUAUUUUAUUAUAGUCUAACUGUUAUUCGAGAUGUAAAUCCAUGAAAUGACACGACUAUAAGUAAAUACUAAGAUAUAUGGAAUUCUGGUGAAUAAGAUGUGGCUUGAUAUGAAUUAUGUACAUAAAUCUAAACCUUUUAUAUCUGUAAUGCAUAUUUACAAUAGCUUGUAAAGUGUAAAUAGAAGGGACAGUUUUAGUUUGGCAAUAAAAUAAUUGUAGAUGUUUUAA